CAACGCACCUCUUGCUUUUUCCUCCAAAGUAUGUUAUAUUAAGUUUCGUGAAGCAUCAAGUGUUGGUGUGGCCCAGCAUCUAACUAACACGGUUUUUAUUGACAGAGCUUUGAUAGUUGUGCCCUGCGCAGAAGGUAAAAUCCCAGAUGAAGCGAAAGCCCUUUCUCUAUUGGCGCCUGCUCCUACAAUGACAAGCCUGAUGCCUGGUGCAGGGUUGCUUCCUAUACCUACACCAACCCCUUUGACUACACUUGGUGUUUCACUUGGCACUUUGGGGGCUAUACCAGCAGCAGCACUGGACCCUAACAUUACAGCACUGGGAGAAAUACCGCAACCACCAAUUAUGGGGAAUGUGGACCCAUCCAAAAUUGAUGAAAUCAGGAGAACAGUUUACGUUGGAAACUUAAAUUCCCAGACUACAACAGCAGAUCAGCUGCUUGAAUUCUUUAAGCAAGUUGGAGAAGUCAAAUUUGUGCGAAUGGCAGGUGAUGAGACACAACCAACACGAUUUGCUUUUGUGGAAUUUGCAGACCAAAAUUCUGUACCUCGAGCUCUUGCCUUUAAUGGAGUUAUGUUUGGAGACAGGCCACUGAAAAUAAAUCACUCCAACAAUGCAAUAGUGAAGCCUCCUGAAAUGACACCACAAGCUGCUGCCAAGGAACUGGAAGAAGUGAUGAAAAGAGUAAGGGAAGCCCAGUCCUUCAUAUCGGCUGCUAUUGAGCCAGAGUCUGGAAAGAGCAGUGAAAGAAAAGGUGGUCGGUCUCGUUCCCAUUCUCGUUCAGAAUCCAGGUCUAGUUCAAAAUCCCGAUCUAGACGGAAAAGAUCACACUCAAAACACAGAAGUAGAUCUGGCAACAGGUCACUCUCAAGACACAAAGACAGACGCAGAUCCAGAAGUCCCCUGAAGAAACGGUCUAGAUCUAGGGAAAGGUGGAAAUCACGAAGUCGCUCUCAUUCUCGGGACAAGAAAAGAGACAAAGAAAAGGUCAAGGAAAAAGAAAAAGCCAAAGAAAAGGAGAAAGAGAGAGACCGAGACAAGGACAAGGAGAGAGACAAAGUCAAGGAAAGAGAGCGUGAUAAAGACAGAAACAAGGAGAAGGACAGGGAGAGAGAGAGAGAGCGAAACAAAGAUCGGGAGAGAGUCGGAGACAAAGACAGGGAUAGAGACAAGGAUAAGGACAAAGAUGGGGACAAGGACAGGGAAAAGGAGAAGGAAGAAGACAGGGAAGAGGAAAGAGAUGGGGAUAAAGAGAAGGAGCGAGAAAAAGAGAGAGAUGAUAAAAAGAAGAAAGAGAAGAGAUCCAGAACACCUCCAAGAAGCUAUAGCUCUUCAAGAAGAUCUCGUAGCUCCAGCAGAGAAAGGCGUAAAAGGAAGAGCAGAAGCCCCUCCAAGUCUCCUAAAACAUCCAAAACAACAAAAAGAAAGUCUUCACAAACUCCUUCUCCGAGAAGUAGAAACAAGAAAGAAAAAAAAAGAGAAAGAGAUACAAAUGAAAGAAGAGAAAGAGAACGUUCCACCUCUAAGAAAAAAAGUAGUAAAGAAAAAGAGGGAAAGGAGAAAUCUGACAAAAGCACCACUACUUUGAAG